CCGGCCGGUAAAUUAUUACAUAAAUUCAGAUAAACUUAUCAACUAACCAAUUGUUAAAACUAUUCAUUCCUAUUGGUCAUCAUAUUUAGACAAUUGUGUAGUUACAAAUCUAUGAAAUUAUAUUUCUUUAUAUAAAAUAUAAUUUAUAUUCAUAUUAAAGAUAAUAAAGAUUUCCUGUAAAACUACAUUCAUUCAAAUAGAUUCAUAAGAAUAUAAAUGAUGUUGACAUUGAUGCAUUAUAUCUUAUACUUAACAAUAUUUCAUUGUAUAUUGAUAAAUGGCCAACGUGAUGUCCUUGAAGAUGAUAUUUCAAUGGCUGGUGGUGACAGAAACUCUGAACCUACAAUUGUACUGAAUCCUGGAGAUCCUGGACCAUUAGAUGUGAAUUUUGGAGAAUUGCUUUAUUCUCGUUGUUCAGUACUUGAUAGUAAUCAAUAUUCAUACAGAUGGAUACAACGUGCACCUGAUGGGACUAUAAAAGAAAUAUCUUCUGACGCUAGACUUUAUAUAACGAAUUUUGGACCGGAACAUUUACAGUAUCCAUUACGAUGUGAAGUUACGCGAUUAUCAGAUGAUGAAACUUUUGAGAAAGUUUUAAAUCUUCGACUAGCAUCAUCAGGUGAACUAAGUACUGAUGAUGAAUAUAAAACAUUAAAUUUAACUAUCAAACCAUUACCGAAUGAAGAUUUUCGUCAAGGAACUAUAAUGAGACAAUGUUUAUUUGAAAAUGAUCCUGAAAUCAAUGAAUUAUUUGAUUUUCGUUGGAUUGAUCAAAAUGGUCGCAUUGUAACUAAUGGUGAUACAUUGUAUUUAUUGAUUGAAGAUCCGAGUGAGUUGAGCAAUUAUACAUGUGAAGCAACCAAUCGUCAAACAGGUGUAAUUUACCAAGCCAAAUACCGUGUAUCUAUGCUGAACGGUCAACAAGCUAUGCAGCAUAUUGUUAAUAUUCGACCAAUUACUGGUGAAGUCAUCAUUGGCAGACCGUAUGAAAUGGUUUGUGAAGUUGAACCGCAACCGGAAGAGCCAAUAAGUUUUGUAUGGUAUCAUAAUGCCAAAGUUGUGCAUCGUGAAGCAUUAUUACGUUUGAAUUCAUUAUCGUAUCGUGAUAUAGGUAUGUAUAUAUGUCGAGCUGAAUGGACACCAAGAUAUUCACGUACUGCUAUAUCAGCUAAUGCAACAGCUGAAUUAAGUUUGGCAUUGACACGAGAAACAAAAAUUGAAAUGAGUCCUCCGCCUGGUUCAGUUAUGGUUUCUUUACCUGGAGAAACACGUGAACUUCACUGUGAAUUUCCUGUAGCUAAUCCAAGAGAUGUUAGGUGGUAUUUUGAAAAUCAAUUAUUAGAGAAUCAUCCAACUGUGAAUGCUACAGGCAAAAUAUUUCGUAUCGAUCGUUUAAGAGUAAGUAUUGUGACAAUUCGUGGCAUAGAAUAUGAUCAUGGAGGAACAUACGAGUGUAGAAUUGGUCGUGAUAUAAAACAAGCACAUUUAGUUGUUAGAGCUGAAGAAGGAUUGGAAAUCAAUCCAAAAUCGGAUACAGUUGAUGAAGGUGAAGCAGUAGAAUUUCAUUGUCGUGUACAUGGAAUGGAUGGUAACAUUAAUCGUCAAUUAGAAUGGUAUUAUAGACCAUUUUAUAGUUCGACACGUGUACGUCUUGAUGUUGAUACACCUGAUAGUUUUAUGCGUCAUGAUGAUCUAGUUGCUCAACAUACCAGUUUUAUUAGUAAAAGCAGAGCACGUGUUGCUGAUCAAGGUGAAUAUAUUUGUAGACUACCAUCUCAAAAUGAAGAAAUUGUCGGAAAACUUUUUGUUAGAGCAGUAAAAAGUUACAUAUUGACAAUCACACCUCAGAGAUUGACUGUUCGACCAUAUCAACCAGUAGAGUUUGAGUGUUUUGCCGCAUCUGAAGAUGGACAACCGGCUUCAUUUACUCCACGAUUUCGAGUUAGAGAUUCAAGAAUCAGUUUCGAAACUACACGUGUUAGUGAAAACCGUGCAAGAUUUGUGUUGCAACGAGGAUUAGGUCCAGAUCAAAAUGGAACGAUUGUUGAAUGCCUUUCAGAUGAACCAAGUAAACCGAUAUCAGCAAUAAUUACAGUUGAAGAUAUCUGUCCGGAUGGUUCACGUCGCUGUCGUUCCGGUCAGUGCCUACCGGCUGGAAGAUUCUGUGAUGGAGCGAGGGAUUGUGAUGAUGGUUCAGAUGAAGAUCCUAAAAUGUGCAAUAUUUGUGAUCCACUUUCAAGAAAAUGUGAAUAUUAUCAAGGAAAAGAAUCGACAGUAUCAACAUUUAUGGUACAUUGGACUUGUGAUGGUGAAAAUGAUUGUGGAAAUGGUUUUGAUGAAUCAAAUUGUGAAGCACGAGCUUCAGAACGUUGUCAAGAUCGAAUGUUUAGUUGUAGACGAGAUGGUCGUCAAAUUCCAAUGGCUUUUGUAUGUGACAAGGAUCGAGAUUGUAGUGAUGGUGAAGAUGAAUUAACUUGUGCUCCGCCAAUGAUUGCCGAACCACGUACUACACGUUAUUCUGUUCGUAGAGGUGAUACUGUAGUUCUCGUUUGUGAAGUCACAGGCAAUCCUGUGCCCUAUGUGAUAUGGCGCUUUAAUUGGGGAUGUCUUCCUGAGGAACCCAGUCGUUUCAGAAUAAGCAAUGUACCCAGAAACUGUAAUGCACCAAUGCCAACUGUCGUGAGUACCCUGACAAUUUCAAAUGUAAGACCAGGAGAUGAUGGAAUAUAUAAUUGUGAAGGUCUUUCAGGAGCUACUCGAGCGUUAUCCAAUGACUUAGUUGUCAUGAUCGGAGGUUAAAUAAUUUAUCAGGUUUCAUGAAAAGCCAAUAACAACUUCCAAUAAAUAAAUAAAAAACAACAUUGAAUUUAUUUAAAUAAAUCAAUUUUAAAAAACAGAGACAUUUUAGAAGUGUUUUCUUUUUAGUUAAUAAUAUUCCUAUUCAGUUUGAAUUUGUUCUAUUCUUUUCAAAAGAUAAUGAAGUAAACAAUUUAAACAAGCAAAUUUUCAAAAUAUUUAUAUACAUAUAUAUAUAUCAACAGUUAAAACAAACAAACAUUUAGCUAUAUUCAAUAAUUAAAAAAAACUUAUUUAUUUUACAUAUUUAUUUAUCAAUUAUUAUAUAAGAAUUAAAUGUUUCAAUCAUAAACAAUACUAUUAAUUCAAAUGAUCAAUUCAAUAUUCAAUAAUAAACCGCACUUUUCAAACAAAUGUUUUAAUGAAUCACAUUUAGUAAUUUUACAUUAUCAGAUAUAAUUAUUUAAUUAUACUGUUAAUUUAUUUUCAUUAUUUAAAGAAAAACGACAAUCAGCUAAAGGGAAAUAAUUCAACUUUGUAUUGAAUAUGAAUCAUUUCUAUGGUAAAUUAAUAGAAUUGUUUAAUGUUAAAGAUUUCAAUGAACAAAUGGUAUAUAUUCUUCAAUAUGAUGUUUUUAUUUUAUUUUUCAGCUUAAUAAUGAUACAAAUUGAGUUAUUAAUCUUAAUUAAUUAUAAUGUUAUUUUAGAAAUAUUUACGCUUAAAAAAUAUUUUUUUUCUUUUUCAUGUUUAAAUAAAAAAUGCUAAUAUUUCUUUGAA